AUGAUGCUUCGAGUUUUGUGAGUCAUUUCUUGGUGUUUGGUCCUAAGGUUUUUUCUCAAGCUCAAAUCUCUUAGCCUGUUGUGACAAGCUCUACUUUCUAUAUCUCGGCUACUGGCAGCAAUAUCAAAAAGUUGUCAACUGAGAAAUUGCUCAUUGAAACAUUGUCUACAUUUUCUCAGUUGACCACUUUUUGAUAUCUCUACAGGCAACCGAGAUACAAGAGUCCUAUCCUAUCAAAUGUUCAGAGCUGUAAUAUAAUCUCCACGUUUUCAGGUUCUUGGUCUCUCUGUUGCCACUGCUGUCAAUCGCCCAAUUGACGUCGUCGUGCACUUCCUGCAACUCAAACUCUAACUAUGGUAAGACUAGACAAAAACCAAUUCAAAACAACUGACCAACAACUACUAGCAACAAUAACUUACAUCAGAUGACCCUUCUCCUCACCAACACCAACAUCACACAUUCUCAUCACUCGGCUCCUCUUCCUCCUCUUCCUCCGCUUACCAAGUACCCGGCUUCCUUCCUAACUUCCAAGGCGAUCAAUUCGUUUCGGACUCGCGUCGUCAGGAGACUUUGCGGCUCAACCAGGCGUUCUUUGACUCACUGACCCAAACCACUACUACACCGUCCGCCUCCUCCCAAACGGCCGUACAAUAUUCACCGGACGACACCGCUCAGCACACUCAUCUAACCUUCAAAAACCGUCCGAUCCCCGUGGUUUUUGCGGAUCCGCAGUCGGAAGCGAUUGAGCACACGCACCGGGACGAGACGGCAUUCGUGGAGCUCAUCGGCGACGACACAAACGCGACGACGAAGAGCUCGCCGACGCUGGAAUUCGUAAAGUUCGUCAUUCAGCCGGACGGCCAGACGGUGUUCGGCGGGGCGACGGAGCAGAAUUACGAGAGCGAGGCGACACGGGCCAUCAUCGAGGCGCUCACUCGAGACGAUCCACGCUACAUUCAAAAGGAUUUCCACGUGGAUUUUGUGGAUCACGAAUAGUCGCAUAAUUAACAUUAACAUGUCUGUACAUAGGGCUCUCUCACAUUCUAUUCUAUGGUACAUUGCUUCAUUUGCUGCUUGCCACACACACACAUGCAAUACUACUAAUUUUAUGAGAAUAGUAAUAAUAACAAUACAAAUAAACGUAUUUAUGACGAAAUUUGAGAAGAAAAAUGUGUACUUUCAUGUCCCCAACCCGUUGCCUGAGACCCCUGAGAAUGUGAUGUGAUUUUAGGAACAUCGGGCACCUCUUCCUCUGCGUACAACACAAAUUCGGUGCAACGCGACUCGAGUGCCUCCUCCUCCUCCUCGUCAUCGAACCAACCCGGCUAUCUGCCCGACUACCAGGGCGAUCGCUACACCGAUCCGCAGCGAAUCGCCGAAACGCAGGCGCUCAACAAGGCCUUCUUCGACUCGAUCGGCGGCGCUCCGUCGCCGCCGCCAGAGACUCCGGCCCAGCAGGGAAUGAACAGUUCGACCUCCUCCUACUCCUCUGGUCAGUACUACAACAGUCCCCAGGGCCACAGCACCAAUUCUUACUCGUCGAACGGUCAAGCCGUUUAUCAAACUGCUUCCACUUCGCAAUACCCGACCCUCUACCAGGGAUCCUCCUCCUCCUCCUCCUCCACUGCCCAGUACAGUAACGGUUGUUCCACGUGUCGUUUCAGACGUCAUUUGGGACUGAGUGUUAAAGUUUAAUAUCAAAUUGUAACCUUGCCCUCUUAUCCUACCCCAUUUCUUGAUGAUCCUUUUGUAAAUAACAUUGUUUUCCUUGCUUGAAUGGAUGAAUGGAUGAAUGGAUGAUUGAAUGAAUGAAUGUAUGUAUGUAGCACAGCAUUGUUUCUCUUAAAUAUCACUACUAGAUCAUGAUUAUUAUGAAAAGUGGUCAACUGACCAAUUGUGGGAAAUUUUGUGCUGAACAAGUUUGCAAUUGAAAUUUUUCUUUCAAAAUGUUUCAUUCUCGAGUUAUGAGCCAAUUUCCGAACAGUUCUCAUUUGGUUCUCAUCUAGGCCAAAGGGCCUGUAUCUUGAGAACCUUGCCUUAUCUGAACUCAUGAAAAAUAUUCUUCUAUAUCACUUUUCACUCUAAACAAUAAAAAGUAUGAAAAGUUGAACCACAAACUUAAUUCCUUCCAGGCUCGACCACAACCACCUACUCGCCGACGUCUUCCUACGGAUACUCGGCCCAAUACUACAAUCCAUCAUCGGCCACGUCAUACUCGUCGUCGACCGGUUACUCGAAUCCGUCCACGUCAUACGCCAACAACAACAACAACAUGAACUCAAACUCCGGUCAGACUAACUACGUGGCGUACGACACCACCAACCAGAACUCGCCGUACUACUACCAGCGCGUUCCGUCGACCGCUCAAUACAAUUCGGUGCUCGGCGUGAAUGCCGGCUUCCCGCAAUAUGCGAACGGAAACAAUCAAGGAGGAGUGAUGUACGACACUAGUACUCAGGGUUAUGGUAGCCAGGGAACGUACACUAAUCAAGUGGUGUAUGCCCAAGGGUACAGUAGCCAGACGAGUGGAAACGGUCAAAGAUACAAUAACCAGGCCAUGUACAACCCGAGCACCCAAGGAUACGGUAGCCAGAACACCUACAGUGACCAGGCCAUGUACAACCCGAGCACUCAAGGAGACGGAAGCCAGAACACCUACAGUGACCAGGCCAUGUACAACCCGAGCACUCAAGGAUACGGUAGCCAGAACACCUACAGUGACCAGGCCAUGUACAACCCGAGCACCCAAGGAUACGGUAACCAGGUCUACGCCAGCAGCACCCCAUCGCCACAGUACUCUGCGGAUUCUAUUUCGUGCUGCUCGCAAGUGAGCUCCACGUGCUGCUACCAAACCCAGACGCAACAAGGAUACGGUACCCAGUCGAGUUCGAUGUACUCGCCGUCCGUCUACCAGUACGGUAGAAAGAAAUAAUAGUUUUAGGAUUCAGGAUUGAACACUUUCACUUUUACUUGCCAUAUCAGUUGUUCUUUGAUCUAGAAAAUGCAGUCAGGCCCACCGGAAUAAAAAUUUUCGUUUUACACUACCAGACAUUAUUAUUGUUGUUAGAGCGGACAUGUGCCAGGACAUUUGACAUCCGAAAGCUGCUCAUUUUAUGACCCCGCUCUUUUUUUUUUUGUUGUUUUGCACCAAAGAAAAAUAUCAGUGCAAAAUGAGAAAUGUGAAAUGAAAUGUCACGCUAUGGCCCGUUUUCCAGAAAGGAUCCAAUUUCUGGUCUGGCGGCAGUUCCGUGGGAAUUCCCCGCAUCUUUUCCGCGUUUUUUCAUUCUCCCGAAUUGGGCCAAGCUUUCAGAACAUUCAAAACAAUUCCCCAGCGACCUUUUUACCCAUCGUCUUGUGUUUUUUUUCUCAUCCACUAAGCUCCCCGUUUUACUCUCCAACUCACAGGUACCUUUGUAUAUUUCUCUCUAACGAUUGACAAAGUUUUCGGCGCCCCACAAAAACCAAAUUAUCAGAUUAAAUCGUGUUGCGAAAGACUUGGAUUGGAGACGAGAAGACGACGCCGUCGGCCCGAAAUUCGAUGAGGAUACGAAGAAGGGAAGCGGAGCUCGCCGAGCAGCAGCACCGAGAAUGAAUCACAAAAAUUCGUAUCAGUAUUUGGACACCGAGACGUGA